AGCUGAUCAAAGCAGUGAUCAAACGGCGAACGGUCAUACCUUUCUACAAGUACUGUGCCUCCUGCACCCUACUCAGGACUCUGUUCUCUGUUGUGUUCAAGCACAAGUUCUUCAGAAUUUGUGCGAGUCCUUCUUCCUCUUUUCUCUUUGCUGAACCCGGGGACAAGUACAACGAUGUCUGACGAAGAGGAUAUUUCAGGCCCCCCUCCCUCGGCUAGAGGCCGUCGUCAGUCAGUUUGCGCUGAGCCUUUCAACCCUAACGCUGUUGAAGACGAGGACACACCAAAGGUUGUCAACCCCAAGACAGAUGAACAGCGUACUCGCCUUCAGAAUGCGCUCAAGAGGUUGUUCCUCUUCAAACGUCUUGACAUGGAGCAAACUAGUGAGGUUAUGGAUGCCAUGUUUGAGCGAAAGGUAACUGCAGAAGAGAAGGUCAUUGAACAAGGCGACGAUGGCGAUAACUUUUAUGUCAUUGAUGGUGGAAAAUUUGAUAUUUUCGUCAAUGAAAAGAAUGUCGGCUCUUACAAUGAAGAGGGUAGCUUUGGUGAGCUCGCACUCAUGUACAAUACGCCGCGUGCUGCCUCUAUUGUUGCUACUACUGACGCCACCAUCUGGGGAUUGGACAGAGCAACGUUCCGUAGGAUUAUGCUUGUAGCGGCUUUCAAGAAGCGCAAGAUGUACGAGGAGUUCUUAGAGACUGUUCCCAUAUUCUCUUCGUUAGAGCGUUACGAGCGUAUGACUCUCGCCGAUGGUCUCUACUCGGAAAAGUUCUCUGAUGGGGCUACGAUCAUUACACAGGGUGAGGAAGCAGAUAAAUUCUACCUUGUUGAGAGAGGAGAAGUGUCCAUCAAGAUGCAGAAGGACGAUGAUGUCAAGGAGGUUGCCCACUUACAGAAGGGCGGAUACUUCGGAGAACUUGCGUUGGUAACGAAAAAGGAGCGUGCUGCUUCUGCUUAUGCAGUCGGCGAUGUCACCCUAGCGUGCUUGGAUGUUGGAGCAUUUGAGCGUCUCCUUGGUCCAUGUAUGGAUAUCAUGAAGCGCAACUUCACCAAUUACGAGGAGCAACUGGUCAAGAUCUUUGGUACGUCCCUCAACCUGACCGAUGUGCGUACAUGAGCAUGACAUAUUGCGUUGAUAGAUAGAUUGAUUUCAUCAACGUACCCUUCAUCAUCAUCAUCAUCAUCUUCAUCAUUAUCUACACCGCCCAACCCUCCACAUAUAAUUGCUGCAUAUGCGGCGUGCCCUGUUUGGCUGGUCCGUUUCACCUGUGUAUGUUUUAGGCAUACAAUGCAAAUCGAGUAAGUAAGUAGUAUUGAUAGUAGUAGUAGUUGUGGUAUGAAAUUUUUAGACCCAUUGCCGAAAAGGUUGGGCGCUGCUGUUAUGUUCUUUUUCUUCCGGUUUGUCCUGUGCACUAUAUGGUAUAGGCGUAUUCAGUGUUUUACCGUCCCGAUUGUGUGAGUGUGCGAGUUCUGUGUGUGUUUGUGUGUGUCCGUGCGUGCGCGUGCGUAUAUGUCUCCAUGCUUUUCUGCUUUUGCUACUUGCUUCUUUCCCAUAAUUUUUGUUGUGCGAAAAUAAACAUGAGAAAUGUCUGCUGUAA